UCCUCAGCCAUGCCCGCCCCUCCCUGUCAGGGACCAUGAGCAGGAGUCGAGGGCCUUCUCAGGGUCCUACAGCCGGCUGUGUUCGGAGCCGUCAGAGGGCCAGUCCGAGCGUCCAGUGAGCCUGGUGUCUACACUGUCGUCCGGCUCGUCCAGGGGCAGCCACGGCCUGUACGACAGCACCGGCCCCCUGCUGUCCUCCUCUCUCCCACCCCCAGCCAGCCAGAACAACGUCAAUCUGGAGCUGAGCCCACCAGAGGGCGCCAGGGAACCUCCCAGCCCCAGGGCAGAGUGGCAGGAACGCUGUCCAACCAGGACCCAGACAAACAACAAGGUGGCCAAUAGGAAGGCUGCCGCACCCCAGAAUCCGCCCUCGCUCUUAGUCACGGAAAUCAUGGCGCCCAACCCCAAGCUCACCUAUGUGGACCGCGUCGUCAUGGAGAUCAUUGAGACCGAGCGCACGUACGUCAGGGACCUGCGCAGCAUCGUGGAGGACUACCUAGCUCACAUCAUCGAUGUGGGCACCCUGCCCAUCCAACCAGAGCAGGUGUGCGCCCUGUUUGGAAACAUCCAGGAUAUCUAUGAGUUAAACAGUGAGCUGCUGCAGUAUCUGGACAUGUGUGAGAACGACCCUGUGGCUGUGGCCAGGUGCUUCGUAGACAAGAGCGAGUACUUCGACAUCUACACGCAGUACUGCACUAACUACCCCAACUCAGUGGCAGCUCUGACAGACUGCAUGAGGAGCAAGACCCUGGCCAAGUUCUUCAGCGACAGACAGGCAUCUCUGAAGCUGUCUCUCCCGCUGGGUUCAUACCUCCUCAAACCUGUCCAGCGCAUCCUCAAGUAUCACCUGCUGCUGCAGGAGAUCGCCAAGCACUACGACCCGGAGGAGGAUGGCUGCGAGGUGGUCCAAGAGGCCAUCGACACCAUGACGGGCGUGGCCUGGUACAUCAACGACAUGAAGAGGAAACACGAGCAUGCCGUCAGGCUGCAGGAGAUCCAGUCCCUGCUGAUUAACUGGAAGGGUCCGGACCUCACCACGUACGGAGAGCUGGUGCUGGAGGGAAGCUUCCACGUCCACCGGGCCAAGAACACGCGGACCCUCUUUCUGUUCCACAAGAUGCUCCUCAUCACCAAGAAGAGGGGCGAGCACUACGUCUACAAGAACCACAUCUCAUGCUCCACCCUGAUGCUGCUGGACAGUGCCAAGGACCCUCUUCUGUUCAGCGUCAUCCACUUCAAAUACCCCAAACAACCCCACACCGUGCAGGCCAAGACUGUUGAGGAGAAGCGUGUCUGGGCUCAUCACAUCAAGAGGCUCAUCUUGGAGAACCACCACACCAUUGUUCCUCAGAAGGCGAAAGAGGCCAUCCUGGAAAUUGACUCAAUUUCUCCGUGGAAGAGCCGCUACAGUCCUGAGGGACUGAAGAAGGCCGUCUCCUGCCCCCCUCAAGAGCUGCCCGCUGGAGCCCGGCCCGGACGCAGGAGAUCAGAACCUUCCAAACAGCUUAAAAGGACAAUGAAAGGUAAAGAGCCACACUCAGACAGCGCAGGGGUGCUCCUGGGGGCCAGGCGCUCCCUGCAGCCCACAGCUGCUGUCACAGCCCUGGGCAGCAGCCCAGGCGAGGUCGAGGAUGAGAGGCCUAGUGGGAAGGAAGACACGAAGGAACCAGGCCUGGAGGGGGGGGACUCUGAGGACAGGAGUCCCCCUGGCAGAGACCCCAGAGCGGGCAACUUGCCCUGUGAGUGGGGUCUGGAGCAGGAGAAGGAGGAUGUUCUUCUGGAGGACGACCAGGUAGCUGACUUUGCGAGCUCCAUGCUGGCAGCGAUCUCCUGCUGGCACUUUAGAGCCAGGGCUUUGCUUUCCGCUCACUUCACCAUGGAGGAGGAGGGCAGACAGGGAGCUGAAGAGGAGACGUCCGUCCUGGGGAAGCAGGGAGGCCAGGCUGGGGCGGAGGAGGUGCGGGCUGAACAGGUGUCUGACGAAGCUCCGCCCCUUCACUGCCUCGCUCAGCAGGCCGAGCCUGGAGGACAGGGUAGCAAGGUCACGUCUCAAUUCUCCACCCCGGCUGCCUCUCCUCCCCUGCCUCUGAGGCAGCCUGCAGCUGAACCCCCAGAGAGUCAGGAGGCAUCUAGAAAGGACGAGGAAGAGGAGAGCGACUCUUCGGCCCUCCAGCUGGAUACCAGCAACAGCAGCACCGUGACGAACGGAGAGCUCUCAGAGGAGGAGGGAGCCGGGAUGGGCCGCGUCCAGCCCUCCUGUGUGGACCAGGCCAGCGUCCGGCCCUCCUGUGUGGACCAGGCCAGCGCCGCACGCUGUCCCAGCAGCCCCUCCAGCUCGAGCCUGGCCUCCGGGGACCUCGUCUCCCCAGCCUGCCCCUCACCCCCGCUGGGCAGCAGCAGCAGCACCACCUCCCUCAGCACAGACCUCCAUGAGAAGUCCGGACCUGGCUCGUCUACGACGCCAGCUCCUGGAAGAAGCCCUGUUUCCCCGCCGGAGGUGGAACGGCGCUCCACUCUCUCCAAACAGGACCGGCUGCUCAUCCACAAGAUCAGGAGGUACUACGAACACGCUGAGCACGAGGACGCCAGCUUCAGCAUCAAGCGCAGGGAGAGUCUGUCCUACAUCCCCCGGGGCUUGGUGAGACACCUGAGCAGCCAGCUGGACAGCCCCCAGGACGCCCUGCCCCCGCAGAGGAACACGUCCACUUACAGCCGCCCCACGUCCUGGUCUGUGUUUGACCUGCCGGGCCUGGAGGGACACGGCAUGCGCGGCUCUCAGAACAUCAGCCGUGCUGCUCCUGGUCUGGAGGAGUUCAGGCCGGCCUCUGAGAUGGUCCAUGUGUGGCAAGACAUGGAGCUGGAGGAGAAGGGGACGGAGGAUGGGGAGGGCCGGCAGACUGACGAGACGCUGUCCCCUCCCUGUCUCCACUGGCUCCAGAGGAACAACCAGGAGGAGCCUCUGAGGAUCCUGGAGGAAUCGGACGGAGGCUCUGUGUCAGAGGAGGCCUCCUCUCCGUCCAUCACACCCUCCCCAGCCAGGGAGGACAGUCCUGUGCUCGACCCGUGCCCAGGCAGGCCCCCCUGGACCAGGGAGAGGGUGAGGCUGGCCCGGGCUCCUCUGCCCAGGAUCAUCAGCCUCCGGUCGGGCGUGGAAGAGGACAUGAUCCUGCAAGACAUGGAGAAGAUGAAGAACAAGGUGUUUCAGCUGGCUCGACAGUACAGCCAGCGCAUCAAAAACAACAGGCCAGUGGUGAGGCAGAGGAACAGGGAGGUGGAGAGCACGGGCACCUCCAAAAACCUGUCUUCCGUCCACGAGGAGAAGGACCAAAACAGAGACAGGGGUAAACCUAAGCUGAUGCUGUCACUGACCAGCUAUGACCAGGUCAUCAUCCAGGAGCUGCCUUCUCCCAGCCCAUCCCAGUCCCUCAGCUCCGGGGCUAGCUCUCGCGUCACGUCCCCCUGCCCGCCCCUAACCACCAGCCCCCAGCCCCCGGCACAGGCCUUCCACUGGCCGGACAUCAGCGAGCUGCGCUCCCUCUACACCCCCACCUCCAGGCUGGGUCCCGGUGCUGGGCCCCCCUCCCCGGUCACCCGAAGCUGCCUGGCUCCAGAGGACGUGCUGGGGAGCUGCAGCGGGGGGGUCAUGUCCUCCUGGGGAUCCACUGACUGCUCUGAGAGCUGCUCCACGGACUCCCUCAGAGGGACGUCAGACUGCCCAGGCACCAGGCUGAACGUGGCCUGUGAGGGGGGGAGUCCUGUGGGGGGGCAACAGCCCCAGGACCAGCCCCAACUUUGCAGGUGGAGCUCUGUGGACCACAAGCCACUCCAUGAGAUGCAGAAUCUUCCGGACCCCAUGAGAAGCUGUUAUGUAGCUGGCCAUCUCACCCUUCCCAACGAACCCAAGGUGAUCAUAGUGGAGAGGGUUCCUGGGGGAAGAGCAGGAGAUGGAGGGAUGCAGGGAGGAGAAGAUGGAGGGAUGCAGGAAGGAGAAGAUGGAGGGUGUCAAGAUGAGGAGCUUGAGGAGGUGGAAGGCCUCCACAGGGCAGCACUGGACUGCACCAAGACGUCCAUGUUGACUUCAGGGAGGAAGACGCAGAACCGUCUGGUGAAGAACUUACGAGAGAGGUUCCAGAGUUUGAACUCUUAACAGUCAGAGGGAAGUCACUCUGAGAAGUCUGUAAGACCAUGCAGAGAUAUAGGACUACCAGUAAAUACUGUUGGUGUUUUCAGAAUUUCAGAUUCUCAUUUUCAUAUUCUUCAUUUUUUUUCUAGUUGUUUUUUGAGUGUAUGCCAAUGUGGUCAACACUUGUGGGAUAUGCUGUGUUUAUGUCACCACUAGUAACAAGGGAUAUGGUCAAUGACGGGCCCUACAAAGCUGUUUCUUUGUAAAAGUUGUAAAUACAAUGCUUGUACAUGUUCACUAUUGACGACUGUUUUUAUGUGAAACGGUUAAGUAUCGUUGUAUAUUUGAAUGGAAAAUGUUUGUGUUUCUUGCUUGUGAGAAGUCAUUAGAGACUAGAGCAGUAGAUAACAAGUAGUCCAGAUCAGACACAUAAUAUUAACCACUUUAGGCAAAUGAACUGUAUACAAACAGUUGGAACUCAGGCAUCGCCACAAUCCAAGUGACAACUAGAGUCUUCAACACAAAACAGUUCCACAAGAUUAGUGUAACGGUGGGAACUGUGAAACUCACUCCUCAGGUAUGUAGCAGACCACCCGCGUCCACGAAGAGCUAGCUUUUCGUUGGCGCAGUUGAUAGUGGUCGCGCUUGGCAAGUCAGAGGUCGAGCAUUCGAAUCCCGCGAGUGGCGAACGAUACCUUGUCAGACGGAGCGUGGUUACGUCUGUUACAUACCCGUGACAUUAGCAAGCACUGCUCAUUAACCUAUGACCAAAGAGUGUUGUUCUCCGAAUUGAGUGGUGAUUGGUUGGUGAACUGCAGUACCCCAGAGCUAUUCUACUUAACUUGAGUACAUCUAGUCACUACUCAAGACUCCUCAUUCUCAUUCCUCACUGGAACUUCACCUUCAUUGUUAUCUAUGUUUUGUGUUAUUUAUAUAAUUGCUGUGUUUGACUGAGGUCAUUUGUCUUCUUUCAGAAUCGUGUUCCCCUUGUUUUCUAUUCCAGAGGAAGAAAUAUAGUUUUCAUGCUUGAAAUAGCUUAUAUUUCUAAUUAAAAGCAUGAUAUUUUUAAAACAAAUUUGUGUUGCGUCUCUAGGACGAAUUUGACUAACGACUAAUUUAAAUCUAUAUUUGUAUGUCAGCGGUAGGCCUACAUUCUUUUUAUCAAGUCAGGGUAAUUUAACCAUGCGGUCUGAGACGUCUGGCUGUCUGGUAAGGAUGUAUUACGAAGAAAUGAAUUCAAAUAGUGGACCUAAUAUGUGGAAAGA